CGACCGACAGAAACGUGCUCAGCAAGAAUCAUGCAACUGCCGCACCUUCCACCCACCUACGAGAGCGCCGUGGCUUCCUCAACCACAGCCACAUCGCCCAUUAGAGAAGCCACAGGCGACGCCAAGCAAAGUGGUCAUUCUUCAGCGCAAGAAUUGAAGAUGCCAACAACCACCCAGGGAUGGGCCACUUUGUGGCUUAGGAUGGUCACCAACCCCAGCAUCCCAGAUGACGCUACCACGUUUAAUUCUAGUAUCAUGCCGUGGGUGGCCACACUUAACGCCAAAUGCGAGGAUCUGCCGCGGUUGAUGAGAGAGGGUUUCUUCUGCUCCGCCGACAAUGUUGUGCCCGAGAGAGGCUACAUGUCGAGCUCGAUCGAGCCGGAGUGGACCGCCAAAGGGUACCAUCAUGCGCGCAAAUUGAUCCUCGUCGACAAGACCUGCAGCCCGGACGAGACUCCCCGGUGGGCUGCCAGUCUCGAAGUCGUUGCCACCUCGGUCGAGCUUCUCUCGAAAUUCCGCGUGGAGAACCUGUCACCCGAAAACGUGCUCAGUGCCUACGCCUGGAACACGAGAGGACAGGAUUGCUACAGCCAUCACCGCCAAUUUCCAGACUUCAACUACAACUGCAUCUACGAUGACAAGCCCCUGGCUGGCUGGUGGCCUUGGCCAAAAUAAGGUGACCUCCCGCGGCGCACGAACCAUGCGCCGGCGGAGGUGCACGGCAAGAUUGGUGUGUUUGAGUUUAUUGUUUGUUGAUAACCUACCUUAGAUAAUUGAAGGUUGUCCCUGUA